AUGACUUUCCAGGUGAACGCCAAGGCUUUAUUAUCGGAAGGAGGCUUCAGCUGCGACCAGCGCGGCCCUGCUGCCUCCGGGUACUCGACACACGGGAGCUUCGGCGCGAGCUCGGGUUCAGUGCGAGUAUCUUCCACGCAGAACAACCACACGAUGCUGAGGAGGAAGUUCCCCGUGAUCCAGCCUUUAAGGAAGUCCAGCGAUGGCAGAGCCGCGGUUCGACACGUCGUGGUGGGAGGGUUACCUGUCUCUGCCAACGACGACCGGCUGCUGUCCAAGGACUCUGACCUGAUGAAAGACAUCUGUGGGAGACACUUUGUAUUUGAUAAGAAAUGUGCACGGUUGGAGAGAGCAAGUACCGUGAUUCCUCGACUGCCAAGAGACUACAGCGUGGCCAGACCUGGCAACCUGUAUCCAUUCAGCUUCUCCAAGGAGCUUUCCCACAGCCAUGCACGGCGGCCCUUCACCCUGGGCUACCCUGAAAGAUACGGACUGAAGACAAACCCAGCCAUCCUCUUCCCUCCCACUUUAGUCCUGAAUGGUAGAAACACCUUCCCAGUGGAGAACUGCAAGCUCAGCAGGCCCAAGGUGAAUUAUCCAACGUACAACUUAGUGACUGUUAAAGACAAUCAGAAGACCUCCUGUCACACAGACCAGUCCUAUCCAGACCCCAUGGUCAAAGCCUCGCGCUCUUUCGUCCACAGGAUUUCCGAGCUGUCCUCUCUGGAGGGCGAGACGGUGCGACAAGAACGCCUCAAGAAACUGAGGAAAGCCAGAAAACUUCCAUCCUGACAAUCACCCUCCUCCCAGUCACACUGGUCGAGGAUUAAAACCUUUGAGUCUGUGCCAAAAACAUCUGAGGAAAAUCAAACAUUCAGGGCUCCUUGUUCCUUCCAGUGGCUGGUUCUAACUGCUUGUUUAUCCUCCGUGGUAUUAGUUUCCUGCUCAACGUGGCUCGUCUUUAUAUUCUGGGACUCCUGACCUGAGCUCAUAUACAAAGUAUUCAUUGUGGUAAAGUGCAGUAUUUGCUCCAGCCAGAAAUGGUGAUGCUGAAUAUUGAAUAAAUGUAAUAUUUUGUAUAAUGACUCCCAGCUCUCUGUAGUUUUCCACUGAUGAUCUGCAUGAAAGUCCAUUUAUUGGACCUUCCCUACGGCUUCUGAUGGCUGUUAUACUGCCACACUCCUGCUGUAUUCUUAGUAUGUUGUGUUUGCUGUCAGGUUUGAAUGUGUUGCAGACAUAUCCCUAUCGAGCUUUGUUCAGCAACUAGAAAAAAAUAUAUAUAUAUAUAUUUAAAUAUAUAUAGAGAGAUAUUAAAUAGUUACGUCAAACCAUUUUUGUGCCUUAUUAAAUGUCUUCCUGAAAUUAAACAAAUUUAUCUUUUG